AAAAAGGAGGAACUUCUCCACUAUAAAUACAGAAACCUCUUUCACAUUUGGUCUGCUCAAGAACUCAAAACUUAAUGGGGACAAUGGUUUCAUUUCCUAUCAAAUUAGUUUGAUUCAAUUUAGUUAAAGACACAGUGGAAAGAGCAGCAGAACAACAUGACUUAUGAGGAGACAAUGGACCCUGACUACUAUACCCCAGAAAAUGAAUAUGGCAAUGAGUUGUGUGUCAAAGAAGAGGUGGUGAAAGUUGGAUCCAUUAUUAUUCCAGUGUUUUUCACAAUAGUUGUUCUGUUAAGCUGCAUCGGUAACAUCCUCGUUCUGGUCAUCCUGGCGCUCUACGAGAGUCUCAAAUCCCUGACCAACGUGUUCAUCCUCAAUGUAGCUCUGUCAGAUUUGCUGUUCACGUUUGGACUUCCAUUCUGGGCCUCGUACUACAUCUGGGGUUGGACGUUUGGAGACGGUGGCUGUAAAGCGGUGAAGUUUCUGUUUUAUGUUGGCUUUUACAGCAGUGUGUUGUUCUUGACUCUCAUGACCGUUCAGCGUUACAUGGCAGUGGUUCAUCCUCUGUCUGACUGGGAGAAAUGCAGAGGAUUUUCAGUCGCUCCAAUUAUCAUUUGGAUCCUGAGCGGAGCGGUUUCACUUCUUGGUUCACUUUAUAGCAAAGUUAUACCACAUUUUAAUAGUACGUACUGUGAAUAUGACAGUGUUGAAAUGAAAUCUGGCAUCACAUAUUUUCAAAAUGCUUUUUUCUUCAUUGCAUUUCUAAUCAUGGGUUAUUGCUAUGGCAGAAUGCUUCGGACAAUAACAAAAUCUCGAACCAAUAAGAGACACAAGACUGUUAGACUAAUAUUCUGCAUUGCACUGGUGUUUUUUAUUGGUUGGGCUCCAUAUAACAUUGUUAUGUUCUUAAAAUCUUUGACUGAUCAGAAUAUCAAGCCAUUCACAGACUGUACAGUAAGCAUUAAUCUUGACUAUGCAUAUUAUGCUUGCCGAAUGUUAGCUUUUUCGCACUGUUGCUUGAACCCUGUGUUUUACGUUUUUGUUGGCGUAAAGUUCAGGAAUCAUCUAAAAUUGAUUCUGCAGAAGGUCUUUCAAAAAAAAAAAAACCUCGAUUCCGGUCAAACCAGAUUGGCAAAAAAUCAGUCGCUGGGUUCAAUGUACUAAGAGAAAACUCAAGUACUUUUACCGAAUGCAGUGAACCGACAAUGAGCUCUAAGAUGAUGUGAAUGAUGUACAUCACUCUUAAAAAUAAAGGUUCCAACCGUAGGUUUUGAGUCAAUGCCAUAGAAGAACCACUUUUGGUUCCCCAAAGUCACUUUCAGUGAUCAGUACUUACAGGAACCAUUUUCUCUUGGUGUGAAGAAUGUUUUAGUAACCUAAAGAACCUUUUUCCAUACUAAAGAAAAUUUUGUGCAAUAGAAAGAAGUUCCCUCGAUGUUAAAGGUUACUAAACCAUCAACUUGGCCAUCAACACCAAUAAAAAACCUUUAUUUUUAAGAGUGUAGAUAUACUGUUGUAGCUACUGUAGCAGUGUUUUAUUAUUAUUAUUAAUGUGCUGGACUUGAUUAUUUGAAGACUUUGUUGAGUCAUUGCACAGCUAGUGCCGAUAUGAUUACAAUCAUUUAAUAUGCAUUACUAAAAUUUAAAAAAGGAAAAUUCCUCUUCAAGCAGCAAGAGCAUUCAGUUAUGAGAACAUCAUGUUUGUGGUUGAAGUUCUCAUUACAAGGUAAUUUAUAAAUAUAACUGGAAGUACGUAAUAAAAGAACCACUGACAAAUGU